AAAUCCAAAGGGUGAUCCGGAAAGUUUAUUUCGCCAACCUCUCAAUUCAUCUGAGUCCAAUUAUCAGGAUACCUCUCCUUCCUCCGGCGAGUCUAUGCAAUCUAACAUACGGGCUUUCAAAAUUGUCCCGGGCGUGCAAGUGAAGCCCAACAAGAGGGCAAAAAAGAGUAAGCCGUCCCGAGACCCGGUCGUGACUGAACCGGAGCUUGGCACGACUGCUCCUGAUAGUUCUACCCAUCAACCGCCGCCUGAACCAGCCUGUGACAUUCCAGCACCAACCUCUGAUCCACACGCUGAAGACACUCUCAAUAGCUUUGAUAACCCGGAAGCUCCUAGCCCGGUCAAGACAGUUGAUCCGGACAUUGAGAUUCUGAAGACUCACUUUGUUGAGCCAGGGCGACCCACCGUUCUUGCCAAGUGCUCUGCUAAGGAGGAACUUCUGGAACGCCGAAAGGCCAAGCUAGAUAUUGCUGACUAUACUCAUUUGAGUAUUGGAGAUAUAGUCUCUGGCUAUCUCAAUCAAGUACAUAGCAGCCGUGACCUGGAAAUUGGCAUGGUGAAGCAACUAAGCAAAAAUCUGAGGCCACCAUAAGUCAAUUUGAGUCGGAGAUGACUGACCUGAAGAACCGCCUGGCUGCUCAAGAACUUGAAAUUCAAAAGGCCAACUCCAAAUUUGAAUUCAGUGUCUGUGAACAAGAGAAGCUGAAGAAGAAUUUUGAGGCAGAGAAGAAAAUUUGGGCUCAUGAAAAGGCUUCACUGGUGACCCGGGCUGAGACGGCAGAGGCAUUACUUGCAGAAGCAACAACGGAGCUAUCCGGCUUAAAACGCCAGAUAUCUCAAAUGGUCUCAACAAUCUUUGGUCCUAGGAGCACAAACCUCAAGCAGAACAUGUUGAUCAAGCUGAAGGCGGUUUAUACUCUUGUGGAGGAGCUCUACACCGGGUCACAACGUGCUCUGGCCAUUGUAGCUUUAUCAGAUGACGUUCCUCACCUCCUGCAAAACGUAUUGAAACGGCUUGCUUCACUACCUCAACGGAUCCAAGAUCUAAGGCGGGCGUCCGCAAGAGCCGGGGCCGUAGCUGCGUUGAGCCGGGCGUAAGCCUGGAUUCCGGAACUAGACCCGACCGACCUCGCUCUUGGAUAACCCAGUCUUAAAGAAGAUGGGAUCGUAUUUGAUGGACAUGACUUCACCGCCUGUGUAAAAGUUAUACGCCCUGUGGCCACUCUUAUUGGGAACGAUACUGAUCUUACCAAGUAUCAGCCGGGCUAUGACAACGAGAAUCGGAGAAUCCCAACACCUCCCUUUGAUGAAGUCAGCCUGAUCCCUCCAACUCGUAAGCAUACCUUUGCCCCUGAAGUGGACCCAGCCGGUUUAAUAGAUGAUGAAGCCGAAUUUGAAGCCUUGAACGGCAUUGACCGGGCCUCGUCAACUUUCCAGGACAAAGCAGCCGACGGAGAAGCGGAGCAGGAUAACCCGGAGCAUUCAAGCCUGCCAAAAGAGUGAAACGCCAGGUGUUUAUGACUUUGCAAAACAAUGCUUCAUUAUUCAGACUCGAGGAGUCUUGUAAUAGGGUAGAAAAACCUCUUCAAUUUUGUCAUGCCUUCGCGCAUGUUUAUGGCGCUUAAUACUUUCGUAAACCGCCAUCUCUAUAUAUACUUCCAACUUAUAUUGAUCUUUUAUCUUCUUGA